UCGAGUCAGUCCCGACAACAAGUUUAUCAGAGAAGUUCAAUGGCAGCGACUCAAUCUCACUUCUUGACCAACCUGAGAAUCUCCUCCCAACGAGCGGAUGCUCGUGUUUCGUCUUCUUCUUGUGAGAUGGUUACUCGGACGAAUCGGCCAUGGGCUUUGCCAUGUUCCUUGAAAGUUGACACCUUUCAGUUCCAAAGAACAACGAGAAGAGGAUCUCCAUGUUUGGCGAGGUUCGAGGAUGGCGAGUUGCUCAGAAGUGGGAUUGGUGAUGCUGAUGGGAUUAUAAUCGUCGACCACGGUUCUCGUCGCCGCGAAUCUAAUCUCAUGCUCGGUGAGGUUUCGCUUCUUAAUCUUAUGCUUUGUUGGUUGUUAAUUGUCUCAUUACAGUAUGAAUUGGCUGAGCCAUCUAUAAAAAGUGCAUUCAGUUUGUGUGUACAACAAGGAGCGAAACGUGUUGUUGUUAGCCCGUUUUUUCUGUUUCCUGGAAGACAUUGGCAUCAGGACAUUCCUGCUUUGACGGCUGAUGCUGCGAAGGAGUUCUCUGACAUCUCAUACCUCAUUACUGCACCUCUCGGCCUCCACAAUCUCCUCAUUGACGUUGUGAACGACAGAAUCCAACAUUGUCUGAGUCAUGUUGAAGGUGAUGCAGACGAAUGUCUCGUUUGUGCUGGAACAAACAAGUGCAAGCUCUACAAUAGUUCUUAGGCUCAAAAUGUAAGAACUUUUUUUGUAUAUCUUCUGGUUUUCUCUAACCUUUCGGAUGAGGAAAACAAAAAUAAACAGGCUUGUUGUAUUGUCCAUACUCAUCAGUUAUUAUUACACGUUGUAGUUCCACACCAAUUGAAAAAAAACAAUCAUAAUAAGAGUUAGCUGUUGAGUGUAA